AUGAGUGAGGAGGUGCAGAAUGACGGGAGUACGAAGCCCGCGCCGUUGGAACGUGAAUCCGCCACCCCCGUCGCCGCCGCGCCACCAGUGCACCCAGCACCCGCGCCGCCCGACCAUCAUGACGCCUCCACUAAUGUGUCACAAACAAGCAUCACCCAGAUGACAGCAAGCUCAGUCCCGGUUGGCGAAAGCUCCAAAUGGUGUUGUGAAGUUUGCACGUACGAGAACUUCCCACUCUCUCGAAGGUGCACAAUGUGUCGCAGCCCCAAGCCGGUGGUCAACGAGGACAUAUUUAAGCUCCAGGACGGCGCCAGCGCGCUGCCCACGCCUGAAGUUUGUGGUGCUGAGGCAGUCACAGAGAGGCUGAAGCCUCUAAGAAUAUCCUCGCCACAAGGCGCCAGUGCGUCCUCUGUUGCUAAGUGGCCUUGUCCUACGUGUACAUACGACAACUGGCCCAAGUCUAUGAAGUGUGCGAUGUGUGGGAGCAGUAAUCCCGGUCCGAACCCCUCCCCGACUCCCACGCACAAAAAUACACUCGGUAUAAACGACAUCUGCAACAGCCAGGCGGCGUCGAUCCACGAGCUGGAGGCGGCGGGGCGCCGCUCCAAGCGCCGCGCCACCAACACCAACACGGACUGGCUCUGGCUGCAGGCGUGCCUCGGCGUGGUGGAGGGCGAGGCGCGCUGCGUGGAGGCGUACCUGGCGAGCGGCGGCGACACGGCGCGCGCGCUCACCCCUCCCGAGGUGGCGCUGCUCAACCGCGCCUCCGCCUUCGACGCGGGCCACACGCUCGUGCACCUCGCCAUCAGGUUUCAACGUCAAGAUAUUUUAUCAACACUGCUAUCUAGGAUAUCAGGGGGUGGGCCCGGUCUCAAGCGGUCUCCCUCCUACAUAGCUCCUGACCUGGCUUCGGGUAUAAGACGUCACAUAGCUUCGUGUAUCCGAUAUAAAAAGGGAAGCUUCCCGUGUCGGUAUAUCAACGAGUUCUGCACAUUCUACUUGCCCGCCGAGAUAGAGGAGUUGCCAGCCCCUAUCCAGGAGCAGCUGUUCUCAGAGCUGCUGGACCGAGACGCGCAGCAGACACUUGAGGCAGACCCCCCUCUCAUUAACUGGAGCCUCGAGCUCACCGUGCGAUUAGGGUCGCGACUAUACGCGCUGUGGAAUCGUUCAGCAGGAGACUGUCUGCCGGACGCGGUGUGCCAGGCCGCGUACGGCGUGUUCGACCGCCACAACACGCUGCGCACGGCGCUGGCCGAGUCGCUGCAGCACGCGCAGCGCAGCUUCUACGCGCGCUGGGCCACGUGGGAGCGCGCGCAGGCGGCGCGGCUGCAGUACGCGCCCGAGGACGCGCAGCUGCGCGCCGAGUGGACGCGCCUGGCGGCGGCGGCGGCCCGGCCCGGCGCGGCGCUGCAGCAGCUGCACGUGUGGGCGCUGGCGCACGUGCUGCGCCGCCCGCUCGUCGUGUACGGCGAGGACGUGGUCAACUCCUUCCGCGGCGACGCGCUGGGCUACGCGCGCUUCCGCGGCCUGUACCUGCCGCUGCUGUGCGACGCCGACUCGUGCUGCAAGUCGCCGCUGGCGCUGGCCUACACGCGCGGACACUUCUCGGCGCUCGUGGCGCUGGACCCCGCGCCGCCCUACAUCCGCCCGGCCGACGCGCCGCCCGCCACGGCCUUCCUGCCGCUCACCGACUGCGACGGCAAGCUGAUGCCCGUGCACUUCCUCACCUGCGACGAGAUGUCGGACCCGGAGGCGGUGGUGCGGCGCUGGGUGUCGGCGUGCGUGACGGGCGGCGGCGUGCUCGCCGCGCGCCAGGCGCUGCACGCGCGCCCGCUGCUGCAGGCGCAGAUGCUGGAGGAGUGGCUCAACCACUACCGCCGCCUCGCGCAACAGACCCGCGGGCCGUUCCCGCCGCGGCUGCAGGCGGCCAGCGCCGAGUUCUCCAGCGACGCCGACACCGACGAGGAGUAG